GAUGCUGGAGGGAUUUCGUAGGUGGCCGCCGCGGCUUCUCUUGCCGCGAACCGCUGGUGUGGGGAUAACUGGAGCUUCGGCUUAAGUCAACUGUAUCGCGUGAAGAUGAAGUAGUACACAUUGCCUCGUUGCGGAGUGCAUGCGUCGGAGUGCACGCGAUAAACAUCGCGCGGAUAGAAGAGUGAUCAAAGAGAACCGGAAAUCGUCGGGAGAAUAACGUAAAGGACUUGUGCAGUUUGUUCCCGAAAUUCUUGCUUAUUAAUGCAUUAAAGCAGAAGAUAUGAGACUCUACGCUGUUGCUCUUGUAACAUGGGCGGCAUUCAUAACAAUAUCUGCGGAACAUAACAUCGCAAAAUUGAGUGAUGAAAAGGUUAUCGAUUACACGACGUUUCAUGAUUUGCCGUAUGAUUUGAAGCAGAUAGUACAGCCGUACGUGACGGACGUAGAGGCGAAGAGUUCUGGGCGGACGGACGCCGAAGAUCAUUCUGACGUUUUCCAGAAUGCCGGAUUAAGUAGAUCAGCAGUUCACGCCGGCGAAGAGAGAGGAUCGAAUGGUGUUUCCACGACCGAUUCCUCCUCGCCAGGAUCGAUUUAUGCGACGCCGCUCGCCGAGACAAGUAUCCGUUUAGAGACAACCGACAAGUAUCCAUUUAGAGAGUAUGCAAGUCACGAGCAGCCAAGGUACACCGACGAUGUGCUCCUCGUCGAAAAUGCCGGUAGUUUUGGGCAAAAAGUCCAGCACGGUCACCCGCGUGACGAAACGAUUGUCAGGACUACCGUGCGGACCAGCGAGGGCCAAAGGGAUGGCGAGUACACGAGUUUCCAGAGGCCCUUCAGCAGCACCAGGUCGCCUCUCGAAAAUGAAGAUGACCGUAAAAGGCCUCACACGCCGGCUACUCGGGAGGCAUUUGUGCUGAAGAAGGAAAGUAAUUUUCCAGACGACGAUUCGUCUUCUGACGAUUCUAAAGUAAUCAAGUCUGAAACAUUCGCGGAAAAUUCCGAUAAAGUUUUCAGUGAAAUCACAACGGAAAGCACGUCGCCCGGCAACGUUGCCUCGAUCCUUGAGAACGACAUCGUGCCCGAAAUUCUUCCGACGCCACAAGCGAGAUUAUUUCGAGCGCGUAAUGACACCGCGGAUGAAAAAACCGCAGAGAAAUCUAUCGAGUCUGCUGAAAAAACGGAGAACGUUGUGAGAACGUCGACGUCCGUGGAGAUCAGUCCCUCGCUUCAAGUGAGAUUUUCAGGCCCCAUCGUAGUGGCCGACUUGCCUAAUAGAGAAACUCAGGAGAUGGUUAUUGAUUAUAUGGACGAUGCAUCCGAGGCGUACAGGCCAGUCGAGAACGCCGAGAUUACCGCGGAGGCCAACGCCGAAGGCACCAAAGUGGCGGCUUCCUCCAGCAUAACAUCCUCGGUUAUGCUGAACCCGCUGCAGGUCGGAAUCACGCUGAUGAACGCCAAUCAAGGUAGACUGACGGACGAGAGUGAGCAAUCUGAGACGAUAGACUAUGUCCAGGACUAUCCCCAGGAAGAUCUACAACGCUUAGGGACUGCGGAUAAGGAAUUUGUCAAAAGCAACGGGAACCAGUCACGUAUCGAUUACCAGGAUGAGAACUUUGAACGCGAGAUCGAGAAGAGUGUUGGAAUCGACGCGCAAAAAGUUCCCAACAACUCGGUCGAGAUUCAAAAGUCCGUCGAGCUGUACCACACCGCGCCGAUACAGGAGAUCCAUUAUCCUCCGGAAUACGUUCAAACUACAAACCUCGGUGUCAUCGAAACGAAUAAUAUUGGGAAUUUACAGCGAUCGAAGCAACCAUACGAUCAGGUCGAGCAAUCAGAAUUGCGGCCGACUUAUAAUGUUUAUCAAGGUAACGACCAGGACGAAAAGAGCGUCAUUAAGACGCACGCAUCCACGUUCUCGCAGAACCUUAACCGGCACGAAUACAACGCCCUCGAGGAGGACGCUGGCAGACCGAUGACCUCGGCCGUGGGCGCCGAGUACACGUCGAGUACUACUCGCGAGCAAACGCCCCUCGAGGUGCAGCAGCCGAUCAAAUAUAACGGCUACCAGUCGACUCUGUUAACACCGAAUCAAUAUGAUGACACGUUGUACGAUCAAUCCAACGUACGACAGAAUUUUAACGGCAACGAUAACGGCGUACCGCCACGCGCGAAACUCAUCGGUAGCUCCACGAGGCAAGAAGCAGCGAGCGAGCCCGUGAAACCGUACGUACCGAAUACGUAUCAGUAUUCGGUGCAGCAGCCGCAAUCGAAUCAACCGUACGAUCAUCAGCAGCAAUUUCGAUCGCCGGAGAUAAGGCGACCGGAGGUUCAGCAACUCCUUCUCAGGAUAAUACCCGAGGGAGCGUCCGCGAACGGAGGCUUCCUGGUGCCGAUCCCACGACCCUCCUACCCUAUCGAAAAGAUCGUUCACAUGUCGCAUCCGGUCGAGAAGAUACCGGUGGAGCGGCUGGUUGAGAAGAAGGUGCAGAUACAGAUGCUGCCGCAGCAGUAUCCCGUGCACGUGCAGGUGCCGGCCGAACGUGUGGUGGAGAAGCAGAUCCGCCUGCCACAGACCUAUCCGCUCCACAUUGAACGGGUGGUCGAGAAGAGGGUGCCAUAUACGGUUCAGCGAUUAAUAGUGCAGCCUCCUCCGUACCCGCUGCACGCCGUGAGACUACCCGGUGCGGCUUACCCGGCGACCUAUUCGGCAACGGCACCGAUCGAGCAACCGGUGCACGCAACGGUUCCGAUGGAGAAGGCCACGGAGAAGCCGGCGGUCUCCUCGCGGCCUCCUUCUCCUCCUCGGCCGCUGUACCGCGUGAACACGGACAGGCCGACUGGCGGCGGCAACUCGGUCGAGACCAGGUUCACCAAGUAUUACCAGAAGCCGCAAGAAGCGAUCUUUGCCGAGAACGCGAAUCUCCAGCACGGUCUCGCACCCGCCGGCGGCUUCUCGUUCGCGCCGCAGCUGCAGAGCGACACGAACGUGUCGCAAUUUUACAGCAUUCCCUACGGCAGACCGUACGACUACAACAUCGACGUCGGCAAGAACUUUGUUCCCACCGCGCACUUCUCCAACGUUAAGCUGGUGAUCCUGCCGAAGAAGUUCGCCAAUCACGUGAUAUUCCGGCCACAAACGACCACGCCGGCGUACGUGAUACCGUCCUUCGGACGGCAGAUCCUGUACAAUCUGGUGGAGAAGGAUAAAACGAUCAAGGACGAGUACGUGGGUCCUGCGCCGCCGCGCAAAACCUCGCAGAGCAAGGUGUUUCUUCAAACGCCUGCGAAGUCGCCGCAGUUCACCACGAGCGCCGCUCAAUCGUCAUUAGCCGCGCUGAGAAAAUCCAGGCAACCUGAAACGCAGCAUCACGGAAGUUUCAGGCAAUCGAAAAUGGAGUACGGCUUCAAGCCGCCUAUGGUGCCGUCCAUUCAGUACGACGAAAAUACCGCCAGUAAAGUAGAGAAUUAACGUAACGGCUUAUGAUAGUAAUAGUAAUAUUAGACAAGUGUCUAAAAUGCGUCAUACAACGCGUCUAAAAAAACUUUCCAUCAUUCAAACGUAUCUUGAGCAUAUAAUAUUUUAGACGUUUCUUGCAUUCUUGCAUUAUUCAAAUGUUUCAGAACGAUUCGUGGAUAUGAUUGAGUUAAUGAAAGAGAUGUUAAUGAAUGAAUAGAAAAGAGCUAAUUUACAGUACUUCCUUCGUAUCCAUGAAGAUUUAUUUGUGACACAAAUUUUAGAUUUUAAUAUUCUUUUUAUAUUACAUGUAUACUUAUUAUUGAAAAUUAUAUUUUUCAAUCACUUGAGGUGUUUUAUAAUUUAUUUUGAUUCUAAUAGUAAUUUUACUGUUUUGCAAUUAAUAUUAGCAAUAUAUCUAUUAUUAUAUUCUAUGGUAAAAUGUUACAUUUUGUAUAUUUUAUGUACCUUGUUACAUACAUAAAUAUCUAAAAUUAUUUUAUUACUGUUACAAAUAAUUAGGAGAAAAGCGACAGUUUGCAAACAUCAUAACAUAUAAGAAAGUAUUGUAAUGUAAUAUUCUGUGUUAACCGUAAAUAGAAAAAACGAUUUAAUAUCGUUACUGCUAGCACAGUACGAUAGUUACGAUAAUGGAAUAAACACAUAUGUAAGUUUUGUACAAUAUAUUUUCUACUUUCAUACAAUA